AUGGUCGGCUCAGUCCUAAUAACUAAGCAAUCGCCUCGGAGAAGAAAUCGACAAGUUCCGGAGCGCUCUCACCCCCGUGGUCAUAGAGCUGGAUCCCAGACCCCUAUCAACGCUAUCUACGACUCCGGCACGCCACUUUUUACCAAGGCGGCUAUUGGUAGCCUCGUUCAGAAAAUAGACGAGGCGGGUAUACGCCGCGUCCAGACCGAGCCGCGCUCGCUCAAACUCUCGAUAGCGGGAAUCGACGGCAAGAUGGUAGACACUUCCCUCCAGAUCGGCGUCAAGCAUCCUAUACCUCCACACUGGCCUCCGCCGGAAAAUGGUUCGGUACUGAUGGACGCGAUGCUCUCUAUCGACUUCCGGCCAAUAGAUCAUCUGACUUCGAUUGCUUCUGUCUUUGUCUCCGAUUUCGAUCUUCGCAAGGCAUUCCUUACUAUGACCGUGAAUGUCCUGGCCGUCCCGGUGCUACCAGACACUGGCGAGGUCGUGCCCGAUGCCCCUAUCCGCCCGGCGUCCGAGACGCGUGCCGUCCUGCAGCAGGAAAAGGCAAAAUGGGACGCCAGUGCCGCCUGCCGCGAACUUAUGGCGAUGCUCCAAGCCGUGGCCGAUGCCAGCCGCCUCCCACACGUCGACAAAGUGGUUGCGUUUGCCUGUUACCGCCCCUCGGUCGUCGAGAGGGCCGAACGGGUAGUUACAGAGCACGCACUAGUCCUGAGCAUUAGGGACUUCUUUACACGGCACAGCCCAAUGACGACAGUGCGGUGUUACAUACAAGAUCCUAUAUAUGAGGACAUCGAUCGUGAGGUGUUGGAAGACCUAGGCAUGACAGUGCUAGAUCACCCAUGUGGCUUCCUCCAAGUCGACGAUUCUACAGCUGUCUUCUUCUCUGGCGCCUGGAAUAGCUAUACGGCAGAUCGCGGCUGACAUUGCCAGGCCUGCGCUCAUGAUAUGGGACAAGGUCUGUGAAAUUCCACGCGAGGGUUCUUGGGUUGGGCGGGUAGAGCAGUGAGUCUUUCUUUUCUUUUUGCUUUUUUCCCGAAGAGAGUCUCGUAUAGCGGUGUCUCGAGUAAUCUAACGCGCUAGAAUAGAGCCGAUAACAUCUCUCCCCGUGUCGAGGAGAUGAUCAAGGAUUAUACUGAGUCUUCCUUCCCC